GAUUCUCUUUCUCUCUCACACCCAAUUUGCAUUUCUUCGUCAUCAUCUACUCUUUCUUUCUUUCUGCAUUCUCUUCAUUUAUUUUCCCCAAUCAAUUUUCCCAGCUUGGAUAAAAAAACGGUAGUAGUAAAAGAAAAAUCCAAAUAAGGAAGAAAAACAGAGUUACAUUUCAGAUUCAGCAGCUUCACUUGAACCAAAAGUAAUCGAAACUGCUCAAACAUAGUAUGGAGGAAACAACUCAAGUAGCGAGUUCCCAGGUCCCUGUAGUGAAACCUGGUGAUGAUGACCUUAAGACAGUUGAUGUUGCCGUCAAGACUGUGAAUGGGGAAGUAACAAAGGAUAGGAAAGAAGAGGAAGACACAACAUUAGAUGGCGAAUUCAUUAAAGUUGAGAAGGAAACUUUUGAUGCCAAGGAUGAUGCUAAGAAAGCAGAGCAUGUUCCUGUUGAAGAGCAAAAGCAAGUUUCCAUUGAAAGAAGCUCGAGUGGUUCACAAAGAGAACUACAUGAGUCACAAGAAAAGGCCAAGGAGUUAGAGCUCGAAUUGGAAAGAGUGGCAGGGGAACUGAAACGGUAUGAAUCUGAGAAUACCCACUUGAAGGACGAGCUUUUGUCUGCGAAAGAGAAGUUAGAAGAAACGGAAAAGAAGCAUGGAGAGCUCGAAGUCGCUCAAAAGAAGCAGCAAGAGAAAAUUGUUGAAGUGGAAGAGAGACACAGCUCUCAGUUGAAGUCCUUGGAAGAUGCUUUGCAGUCCCAUGAUGCCAAAGAUAAGGAACUAACUGAAGUUAAGGAAGCUUUUGAUGCAUUGGGCAUAGAACUCGAGAACUCACGAAAGAAGUUGAUAGAGUUGGAGGAAGGGCUAAAACGUUCAGCUGAAGAGGCUCAGAAAUUUGAAGAGCUGCAUAAGCAAAGCGCUUCUCAUGCUGACUCUGAGACGCAGAGGGCUUUGGAGUUUGCACAGUUGCUUGAAUCGACGAAAGACAGUGCCAAGAAAAUGGAGGAAAAGAUGGCUUCCCUGGAACAAGAAAUCAAGGAGCUGAAUGAUAAGAUUUCUGAAAACGAAAAAGUUGAAGCGGCCUUAAAGAGUAGUGCGGGAGAAUUAGCUGCCGUGCAAGAGGAAUUAGCACUUUCAAAAUCUCGUUUGCUGGAGACGGAACAAAAAGUGUCUUCCACAGAAGCCCUCAUUGAUGAACUGACUCAGGAACUUGAGAAGAAGAAAGCUUCGGAAUCUCGGUUUAAGGAAGAGUUAUCAGUUCUAGAGGAUUUGGUUGUUCAGACCAAAGAUCUCCAGGCUAAACUUUCUGAACAGGAAGGUAUUAAUUCAAAGCUUGGGGAAGAACUCAAAGAGAAGGAACUGCUGGAAUCCUUAUCGAAAGACCAAGAAGAGAAGCUGAGAACUGCAAAUGAGAAGUUGUCCGAAGUGUUGAAAGAAAAAGAAGCCCUUGAAGCAGAUGUAGCAGAGGUCACUAGUAAUGCAGCAAAAGUAAAAGCGAUCUGCAGUGAACUAGAAGAGAAACUGAAGACCUCAGAUGAUAAUUUCACCAAAGCAGAUGCUCUUCUGUCUCAAGCUUUGUCAAACAACUCAGAACUGGAACAGAAACUGAAAUCUCUAGAGGAGCUUCACAGUGAAUCUGGAUCUGUAGCAGCAGCUGCUACCAAGAAGAAUCUUGAGCUGGAGGAAGUUGUUCGGUCCUCUAGUCAAGCAGCAGAAGAUGCCAAAUCACAGAUUAAAGAGCUAGAGACAAAGUUCAGUGCAGCUGAACAGAAGAAUGUGGAGCUUGAGCAGCAACUGAACGUAUUGCAGCUUAAAAACAGUGACGCAGAACAAGAAUUGAAAGAACUCUCUGAGAAGGUAUCUGAACUUAAAGUUGCUAUUGAAGUUGCCGAGGAAGAGAAAAAACAGGUGACCACUCAGAUGCAGGAAUACCAAGAAAAAGCAUCCGAAUUGGAAUCGUCUCUGAAGCUAUCAUCGGCCAAAACCUCAGAGCUUGAAGAAGAUUUGCGAAUCGCUUUGCAGAAGGGUGCAGAGCAUGAAGAGCGUGCUAAUACAACUCACCAGCGCAGCAUUGAACUCGAAGGUCUGUGUCAAACAUCACAGUCAAAACAUGAAGAUGCUGAAGGAAGAUUGAAAGACUUGGAGCUUCUACUUCAGACAGAAAAAUACAGAAUUCAGGAACUUGAGGAGCAGGUUAGCUUGCUGGAGAAGAAGAGUGGAGACACUGAAGCAGAUUCCAAAGGUUACUUAGGUCAGGUGGCUGAGCUUCAAUCAACACUUGAGGCUUUCCAAGUGAAAAGUUCGAGCCUUGAAGCUGCUUUAAACGCUGCAAAUGAUAACGAAAGAGAACUGACAGAAAAUCUAAACGCUGUUAUGGGUGAGAAAAAGAAAUUAGAGGAUACAGUGAAUGAGUACAGCGCAAAGAUCAGUGAGUCUGAGAAUCUGCUAGAAAGUCUCAGGAAUGAAUUGGGUGUCACACAAGGAAAAUUGGAGAGCAUUGAAAACGAUCUUAAAGCUGCUGGUUUACGGGAAAGCGAAGUAAUGGAGAAACUGAAGUCUGCUGAAGAGAGUCUUGAGAAGAAAGGAAAAGAGAUAGAUGAAGCUAUGAAGAAAUCCAUGGAGCUUGAAGCUUUACAUCAGUCUUCGAGUAAAGACUCGGAGCAUAAAAUUCAAAUGGUUAUGGAGGAUUUCACUAGAAGAGAUUCAGAUGCCAAUUCUUUGACGGAGAAACUGAAAGACCUCGAGGACAGAAUAAAAUCAUAUGAAGAGCAGUUGGCUGAAGCAUCUGGCAAAUCUUCUUCUGUAAAAGAAGAACUUGAUCAGACUUUGGGAAAACUCGCUGCUGCAGAAGCCGUUAAUGAUAAACUCAAACAGGAGUUUGAUCAGGCACAUGAAAAAUCUUUGCAGUCAUCAUCAGAGAAUGAACUACUAGCAGAGACAAACAACCAGCUCAAGAUCAAAAUUCAAGAGCUUGAAGAGUUACUAGGUUCUAGUUCUGCCGAGAAGGAAACUGCAAUGAAACAGGUGGAAGAGGCAACUGAAAGGUUGAACCAGAAAGAGACAGAAUUCAAAGACUUCAUUGAAAAGUUAAAAGCACAUGAAAACCAAAUCGAGGAGCACAAAAGGCAGGCUCAUGAAGCAUCAGGAGUUGCGGAUACUAGAAAAGUUGAGCUUGAAGAGGCUCUAUCUAAACUGAAGAAUCUUGAAUCUACUAUUGAAGAGCUCGGGGCCAAAUGCCACGGGCUUGAGAAAGAAAGCGGGGAUCUGGCGGAGGUGAAUUUAAAGCUGAACCAGGAACUAGCCAAUCAUGGAUCAGAGGCCAACGAGUUGCAGACAAAGCUCUCUGCUCUGGAGGCUGAGAAGGAGCAAACAACCAAAGAUCUCCUGGCUUCAAAGACAGCCAUAGAAGAUCUAAGAAAGCAGCUUACCUCUGAAGGGGAGAAAAUGCAGUCGCAGAUUUCUUCACUCACUGAGGAGAACAACCAAGUCAACGCAAUGUUUCAGAGUACUAAGGGUGAGCUCCAAUCAGCUAUUUCAAAGCUUGAAGAUCAACUAAACGUAGAGAGGUCUAAAGCUGAUACUUUGGUGUCCGAGAUUGAGAAGCUCGGGGCAGUGGCUGCUGAAAAGUCUGUUUUGGAAUCACAUGUUGAAGAACUUGAAAAGAAAUUGUCAAAAGUCGAAGCUCAGUUGAAAGAAGAGGGUGAAAACGCAGCUGCUGCUUCUGAAAAAGUGGCAGAACUGAACUCAAAACUGCAGGAACAUGAAAAUAACGCCAGUGACCGAGAUGUGCUCAAUGAGCAAGUGCUUCAGCUUCAGAAAGAGCUUCAAGCGGCUCAUAGUUCCAUUGCUGAACAGGAACAAGCACACUCUCAGAAGCAUUCAGAGCUGGAGUCUGCGCUGAAGCAAUCACAAGAAGAGAUUGAAGCUAAGAAAAAGGCGGUCUCUGAAUUUGAAUCAAUGGUCAAAGAUCUUGAACAGAAAGUGCAGCUCGCGGAUGCUAAAGCUAAGGAAACGGAGGCAAUGGAGGUAGGUGUUAAAUCUCGAGACAUUGACUUGUCCUUUUCUUCACCAACGAAACGUAAGAGCAAGAAAAAGUCAGAUACAUCUCCUUCUUCUUCUUCUUCUCCGGGCAAUGCCGUUACUACUACUCAGACAGCGUCAACUUCCCAUCUCAUGUCAGUGAAGAUAAUCUCUGGAGUGGCUCUGAUUUCCGUUAUUAUCGGUAUAAUUCUUGGGAAAAAGUAUUAGUCUUCUCGUGUGGUGUGGUGUGAUGUGAUGGUCUUGUGAAUCUCUCUUCUUCUUUGUUUUUGGGGUUUUUAAAUUUUGAUCAAACUCUCUCAUAAGCUCAUGAGAGAUGUAAUGCGUUAGCAGAAUUUACGAAGCUUUGCAUCAAUUUGCUUCUCUCUGCAGAUUGUUUUUGUUUUUCUGGGUUGGGGAUUUGGAUUUUUUUUCUGGCUUGUAGGUCAAGCAAUGUCCUCAUAGUCAUAUUGUACUAAAUUAAACGAAAGUGAAGUUCAUCGAUAAUUGUGGUCUAUUGUACAUUGUACAUUUUCUUGGAAUGAAAA